ACUGCCGCGUCUGCCAGCACCGUUUCUUCUUCUCCCCCACCACUCUCUCUCUCUCUUUUUCCCCGACAGAAAUACUUUCGUAAAACUACAGUAUAUACACAACAAUGUAAGCAUUCUCUCUCUAUCCGUAUUUACAAUUACACUUUGCUCUCCGAUUCUCUUCCCGACAGCACCAACUUAUACUUGAAGCUAAGCUAAAACACGCAAAUUUUGUCUAUUCAUCACCCAGUGCCCGCCGGAGCUGCAGAGGUUCAUUUCCAUCUCAUUCUUCAAGCUAAAUGUCAGUGCAGGCACGCGUUUCUCGCUGUCGGGGCGGGUUACCGGAUCGGGUUAGAGCUUGUAAGGUCUUUCAGUGCUCUUUGUGCAUAUGAAGGAAUUGGAAUCAUGGAGGCUGUUAAUGAAGAAAAGAAGUGUCUUUUUUAAAGGGGGAAUAUGUGGAAUGAAGAUGAAACAGCUUCCAUUUAUGGGAAUUAUAUUUACAGUAAUGCUAUUUAUUGUAUAUAGAACAACUAAUUUUCAGUAUCAACGGACUGAGACAGUAUCAGAAUAUGGUCCCUCCUACACUUUGAAGCGUUCUGGUAUGGCGAGCAAAAGGUCGAACAGUUUACCUCGUGGUAUUAGUGAACCUAGAUCAGAUCUUGAACUAAAGCCUCUCUGGGCAUUGAGUGCUUUGGAAUCAAAGGCUGAUCGUCCUGGAUCUCUGAACUUGUUGGCAAUGCCAGUUGGAAUUAAACAGAAGGAUAAUGUUAACAAGAUUGCUCAAAAGUUUCUUCCAGAGAAUUUCACAAUUAUUUUGUUCCAUUAUGAUGGCAAUGUGGAUGGCUGGUGGGACCUUGCAUGGACUAAGAAGGCCGUCCAUAUAGUUGCUCACAAUCAAACAAAAUGGUGGUUUGCAAAGCGUUUUCUGCAUCCAGCUGUUGUAUCUAUUUAUGACUACAUUUUCCUAUGGGAUGAGGAUUUGGGUGUCAAGAAUUUUCAUCCUGGAAGGUACCUUGGAAUUGUAAAGUCAGCAGGACUGGAGAUAUCUCAGCCAGCUCUAGACCCAAAUUCGACUGGUAUACACCACAGAAUUACCAUACGAAACAGAGCAAAGAAGUUUCACAGAAAAGUGUAUGAAGAUAGGGGCAGUACAAAAUGUUCAGAUGAAAGUGAAGGCCCUCCAUGUAGUGGAUUCGUGGAAGGAAUGGCUCCAGUAUUUUCAAGAUCUGCAUGGCGUUGUGCCUGGCAUCUUAUUCAGAAUGAUCUUGUUCAUGGAUGGGGAGUGGACAUGAAGCUUGGUUAUUGUGCACAGGGGGAUCGGACGAAAAAGGUGGGAGUAGUUGAUGGUGAAUAUAUAGUACACCAGAGCAUUCAAACUUUGGGUGGGGCAUCUCAGAAAAAGGCUUCAAAGAGUCAAGAGUCGAUCAAGAGGAAUCCCGUUGAUGCAAGAUACGAGAUACGGAGGCAAUCAGCGUACGAGCUGCAAACAUUCAAAGAUCGAUGGGAUCGAGCUGUGGAGGAGGACAAGAACUGGGUCGACCCAUACAAAGAAACCCGGAGAAUCAAGUUGCGCCGCAACCAUAAGCGGCCGCAUUUGAAUGUAGUGAACUGAUCAACAGCAAUCCAGGAAGAACUGUAAGUCCCCUUUAUGCAUCAAUUCCUUGUAAUAUCUUGUAAGCCUUGUAGAAGAACUAUACAUUAUGGUGUUCAUUAUUUCUCAUAUUUUGCACCAACGCCUAUGUGAUCGAGUUGGUAUUCAAUUCGCUUUAUGCAUCUUGGGAAUGCAAUUCCCGGGAAUGGGAAGAACUACAUCUGUUAGUGUUAAUAGUAUCAAGUAUAAUUAUGUAUAUUAUUUGUUUUUGUAUCGGGUAUUAUUAACUCCGA